AUGCUGCUGCUCUCACACUCAUCGUCUGCUACUACCACCCACGGGCUAGCAGCAGCGCCGCCGGCUUGCUCCCGGCGCGCGCGCCUCCUGCUUCCACGCGCGCGGGCCGCCGACACAACGGGCGUCGGCGCGGACCGCGCGGCUGAGGCGCUUCUCCAGAGCGGGCUGCGGCCGGAGUCGCUGCCGCGGCACGUCGCGGUGGUGAUGGACGGGAACUCGCGGUGGGCGCGCGCGCGGGGGCUGACGCCCGCGGAUGGCCACAAGGCCGGGGGCCGCAACCUGGAGCGGAUCGUUGGGCUCUCGCGCGCCUGGGGCAUCCGCGCUCUCACCGCCUUCGUCUGCUCCCGCGAGAACUUGAGCCGGCCCAUGGCUGAGGUCGACUACAUGAUGGGUUUGUCCGAGUGGCUGAUAGGCGACAACAUCGACAAGCUCUCGAGGCAGGGGAUCCGGCUGCAGGUCAUCGGCGACACCACAAAGAUGCCAGGCUCUCUGCGGAGCGCGGCGGUGCAAGCCGACGAGGCCACGAGGCACAACUCGCAGCUGCACCUGAUGCUGGCCAUCUGCUACAGCGGGCGAUGGGACAUGGUACAGGCGUGCCGGGAGCUCGCCCGGGAGGCGCAGGCGAACCAGCUCAGUCCGGACGACAUCGACGAGUCGCUGGUCGCCGGCAAGCUCGCGACGAGCGCCGCCGGCGAGUUCUCCUGCCCUGACCUGGUCAUCAGAACCAGCGGCGAGCUGAGGCUCAGCAACUUCCUGCUGUGGCAGUCGGCGUACUCGGAGUUCUUCUUCACCGACAAGAUGUGGCCGGACUUUGGGGAGGCUGAGUACCUGGAAGCGUUGCGCUCCUUCCAGGGCAGAGAUCGGCGAUUCGGCCAAUCGAGACUACUCUAG